AUGUCAACCAAAGACACCCCAAGCACGAUGAGGCAAUGGACCACUGACCAAAAAGGUAUCAAGAAUAUCAAGCUCGAAGAAGUCAAGACACCGUCAGAAUCAGACCUCAAGGAAGGCGAGGUCCUCGUCAAGAUCACCUGCGUAUCUCUCAACUACCGUGAUACAGAAGUCUGCAACGGCACAUACGGGCACCAUCGCUCCCUAUCACAAGACGCGAAAGUGGUACCCUGCUCCGAUAUGUGUGGCGCGGUCAUCGCCUCGAAAUCCUCAAGCCUGAAAGUAGGCACCCGAGUCCUCUCAACCUUCAACCAGUCCCACCUCACAGGACAAGUCACAGCCAAAGACCUAGCCACAGGCACGGGCUUCCCACUCCCAGGCGUCCUAACACAAUACCGGGUCUUCCCAGACCACGCCCUCGUCACUGCACCAACCCACCUAACCAACUCAGAAGCAAGCACCCUCCCCAUCGCCUUCGUCACAGCCUGGACCAGCAUAAACUACUUCCAGCCCCUGCACAACCCUCACCACUCCCCAAACACAACCCUCCUCCUCCUCGGCACAGGCGGCGUCUCCAUCGCCGGCGUCCUCCUCGGCAAAGCCCUCGGCCUAACCACCAUCAUCACCAGCUCCUCCGACCAGAAACUCCAACGCGCAAAAACCCUUGGCGCAGACCACAUCAUCAACUACCGCACCACUCCCAACUGGGACGAUAAAGUCCUCGAGCUCACAGGAGAUAAAGGCGCGGAUAUCGUCUUCGAAACAGGCGGUUCUCAAACGAUAGAGAAGAGCUUCAACUGCAUCGCAUUUGGCGGGCUCAUUAGUGCGAUCGGGUAUGUCAGUGGGAAGGAGGAAAGUGCAGAGAGUAAAGUCAAUGUCAAUGUGCUUGCUUUGAGACGUAAUGUCACGCUGAAGGGGAUACUAAAUGGUCCAAGAGACAGAUUUCAGGAAAUGAUUGAUGUUGCUUUUCAGGAGGAUAAAGGCGUGAAGCCAGUGGUUGAUCAGGUGUUUGAGUUUGAGCAGGCAAGGGAGGCGUUGAAGUAUUUAGAAAGUGGGAGUCAUUUUGGAAAGGUUGUGAUUAAGGUAGGAUAG